AUGCUUCCAAACGUCGUCCUAUUGCUGUACACAUUUAUUGCAUCGAUGUCGGCUCUUCGCACAGAUCGGCAUCGAAUCAAUGACGACGAAUUCUUUGGGAUUACGACUACGGUUGCGCCAUCGUACACAUUUGCAAAUGCUCGUACGUGCUACGACGUCUGUGCUGUUCCUUGCACCCCAACGUUCGUCUACUUUGGCGAGAAGCAGCUCUCUAUGUUUAAUUGCAUCAGAAAAAAACCAGUCAAAGUUUCUAUGAUGGACACUUUGAAAUCCGGAAAUCUGCUCUCCACUUUGAUUCUGAUUGGAAUUGUCACUGUCGUUGUGAUUUCUUGCAUGACAUGCAUCUACUUCUGCUGCUGCAAUACCCGCCGACCGAAACGUACUGGAAAUCAGCGGGUUCAGGAUGAUGAGUUCAGAGAGCAUCUUGAAGAAACUUUCGACGAGAAGCCAAAUCGCAACAAGAAAUUCGAACACGAAGUUAGGCUGUCCAAUUAA